AUGCAGCAGGUGUCAUACUGCCUGGGAUUCAGCCAAUCCCUGACUCCGGUUUACCAUCCAGAAGCGAAUCCAGUGGAACAAAAAAACAGAGACAUGAAAACCCAACUUUCUAUCCUGGUUGGCGACACACAUACCGAAUGGGCUAACAAAUUACCAUCAAUCAGGUAUACCAUGAAUUCCAGUACCUCACUAACAACUAGAAAUACACCAGCCUACCUCACAUUCGCACGUGAACUGCGCAACCCAGGCGAUAUACAAAGGGAUCUGCGAGAUAUCGUCAUCGGGGAGAACUUCGUGUCAGAAGUAACACCUUACUUGCUGAAGAUCGCCGAUACCAUGAAAGAGGUUAUCGAAACACACGAGCGAGAACAAGAUAGACGCAAAAGUUAUGCAGACAAGGAUAGAAGACCAGCUAUUAAAUUCAAAGAAGGAGAUCAUAAUUAUGGUCACAAAACACGAAUAUUGAGCGAUGCAUCCAAGAAAAUUACAGUCAAGUUCGCACCAAAGAGAGAUGGACCUUACAAGAUCAACAAACGCAUAUCACCUACCAGUUAUCAAUUGGCUGAUAACAACACUGGCGAAGUACUCUCAAUUCAUCAUGUCUCGGACCUAGAAGCUUACAAAGGGAAUAAUUCAAGAAAUUCUCCGUGCCAAUCAAUCAAACCUAUUAGGAAGCGCGGACGACCAAAGAAAGAGACGAACUCUUCGCUAAAUAAGGAUAUUAGACCUUCAUCGAGGGUCCCUGAUGAGUCCAAAGGGGGAGUAACGCGAAGGGCCCUACGACCCGUUCGAAGGCCGCCGCCAUAA